UCAAUACGAUGACACCCUCCAGGUUCCCACUACCAUCGCCGAGUCUCGUCGUUUCGAGGGUCUGUCUCGUUCUGCAUCCUUCUUAAGGUUUGUUUCUGCAGGGCUUCUGUUCAGAGUUUCUUCUUCUCUUGUAUGGCAGUUAGCUUGUUGGCUCGCGAGGUAUCCGACCUCUGUCUUGGAAAACCGGCGCUGAGAUCGCUCUCCGUUUCCGCCACCGUUAGCGAUGCGUUGUUGAUGCUCAAGGGGUCGGGUGACAACUUUAUCAGCGUUUGGAGCUGUGAUCACUCCUCGAAUGCGAAAGUCGGUUUCGAGGAUUGUCGAUGUGUCGGGAAGCUUUGCAUGGUCGAUGUGAUCUGCUAUCUCUGUAAAGAGGAGAAACUUGCUUCCCCUUCCUCUGCGCUUACAUCUCCGGUCUCUGUUCUUCUCACGAAGCCAGCAGGAAUAGUGAGGCAUGUAGAGCGUCAUUCAAGCAUAUUAGAGGUGAUUGAUCUUAUAAUGGAAGGCGCCCAGAACCUGGUAGUUCCAAUACAGAGCAGCAUCAGCAGCAGGAAGAAGCUCCUCCAAAAAUCUUCAUUUGGUCCCACUCAACACAAUGGACGUGAAUUCUGCUGGCUCACCCAAGAGGAUGUCAUCCGGUUCCUCUUGAGCUCCAUCAGCCUCUUUUCACCCAUCCCGGCUCUGUCGAUCGAUUCUCUCGGCAUCAUCGGCACUGAAGUCCUGGCCAUCGAAUAUCACGAUCCGGCCUAUUCCGCUGUGGAUUUAAUCUCGAGUUCCUUGUCUCAGCAGACCUCCGUCGCCGUCGUAGAUGAUGACGGGAAAUUAAUCGGGGAGAUCUCCCCAUACACCCUGUCAAGCUGCGACGAAACGGUCGCAGCGGCAAUUACAACCCUCUCAGCGGGCGAUUUAAUGGCUUACAUCGACUACGGCGGUCUGCCGGAAGCCCUGGUGCAGGUGGUGAAGGCAAGGUUGAAAGAGAGGAAGUUUGAAGGAAUGUUGGAGUUGUUGGAGGAAUUCUCCCCGUCUUCGUCGUCAUCGUGUUCGUCAGACGAGGAGUCCUCUUCGUCGUCGCCAAGGGCGCCUGUGCGGUCGCGCAGGUACAGCCGGCAGGGAAGUUACUCGGCGAGGAUGGUGGGGAGAGCGGAGGCCAUCGUGUGCCAUCCAAGGAGCUCGCUGGUGGCGGUGAUGAUUCAGGCGCUGGCCCACCGUGUGAAUUACGUGUGGGUCAUUGAAGACGACUACAGCUUGGCCGGAAUUGUCACUUUCUCCGACAUGUUGAAGGUUUUCCGAGAGCACUUGGACUCGUUAUGUCGUUAGAGUAGAAUCCGGGGAGAGACUCAAAUUACAAAGCGUGGAUCAACAACAAACUUCGAAAAAUAACCCGGUGUUGUGAAAUAUUUCUUUCUUUGAUCUCAAAAUUUUGUGAAACAUGAGUGUUUUUAUUUGUCGUGAAGCUUGACCGAA